AUGACUUUACUUGAUGCCAUAUCGCUUGUACUGCAAAUGUCUCGUGAGUCUGCUCGUGCCAUGCAUGAUUCAACUCAUGCUUCGACCCUCACUGCCAACCACGAUCGAGUUCAUCGACAGAUGACCGACCCGAGUGUGAACUUGCAUUCAAAUAUGUCUCACGCUAUUCUACACAAUACAGAAAUGGCUAAUGUGACUGAACAGAUUACUCAACUCUUACCAAACGAAUCUCACUCGUUGAUUCAAACUCGACAGUCUCUUCAGCACUUUUCUCAUUCAUCCUCGACCCUACAUACUAUAUCGCUAUUGAUGAGCCCUAGAACGAAAUCUCAUACUUGCAAUGUAAAGCGCACUCCGCCUACCAGCCCAUCUGUCUCACAACCACUCAAAUUAGAGCAGAUCGUUUGUUCAGUGUGUUUAUUAAGAGAUAUUGAUAUUGUGCUUAUUCCAUGUGGCCAUAUCACCAUUUGCAAAGUUUGCUUUAGCCAUACAGAAUUCAAUGUUGGUUGUCCUAUCUGCAGAUCAAAUGUGUCGGAUACCAUACGGUUUUUUGUCGCAGGAGCAGAGAACAUUUAG